GUGUUCUGAUAUAUCAUGAUGUUCCACAUGACAUUCAUUUAGCACGUAAAAUUUAUCGUGGUUUACGUCCAAGUAUUCCAACACAUGUACCAAAGUUAAUUACUGAAUUGAUUGUUAAAUGCUGGGAUGCUCAGUCAGAAAGAAGACCGAAUUCUAAAGUAAUAUAUGAUACCAUAAAUAUGUGGAAUGAUGAAGUUUUAAGUAAUAAAUCAACGGAAUUUACUAAACAAAUAAGGGAUGUUGAUGAAGUGAUCGAAAAAUUUAAUAUAUCAGUAUCACCCGAUUUCAAAAUGCAUCCUGAAGCAAUUUAUUCUAGGAGACAAUUGGAUUCUCUAUAUAUUGCCGAUUCUGAUAUGCAUAUUGAUUACCUAGGUAGUGAUAUUUAUACCUUGGCCGCUGUAUACA